UCUCCAGCCAGUCGUCCUGGUCCUGCUUGGAGAGAGACGACGACAUCAGCAGCACGGCAUUCCGAGGGAACACCAUGCAUUUUAGGCUGAACAGACGACCGGAGCCUCGCACUAUUACGCUUUCUUAUUUUUGAUUUCCGUUUUUUGUUUCGUCUUUUCUUUCUGUUUUUCUGUUCUCCUCCUUUUCACCCAAUCUCUGACGCGCAAGGACAUUACACCAUCCAUCCACGGCAGAAACGCUCACAUAGAGCAUCCUCUGUACAGACGCACCACCAUCCUCCUCCUUCCUUCCUUCCUCCUACUCUCCUCCUCUCCUCUCUCCUGUUCUAUUCUAACCCAGAGGACAUCGGGACCGCUUCUCCCCGCCUUUGCCCGGAGACAUGGAUCUAUGGUUUCACUCGAUCCGGAUUUGCUGGUGGAGGGUUUUGUUUCUGAUGAGUAUUUUCCAGGACUAUCUGAGCUCCAUGCUGGACUGCCCGCCGACCUGCAGCUGUUCUCAAACAGAGAUCUAUUGCAAUAAGUCCGACAACGGCAGGUUUUUCCCUUUACUCGCCCUGCAAGAUACUGGGAACAAUGGGACCAGCACUGACAUAGCAGAGUUGUUCAAAAACAUCAGCUCUAUACACAUAGAGAACUGGACAGGAUUGCAGACUCUGAGAGACGUCGAUAUGGAGCUCUACACUGGACUACAGAGACUAACUAUCAUGAAUUGCAACCUGAGGGUGAUCCAGGCUCGAGCGUUCGCUCAGAAUCCACACCUACGCUACAUAAACUUGUCAAAGAAUCCUCUCACCACUCUGUCGUGGCAGCUCUUCCAGCACCUCCAACUCUCCGAGCUGCGUCUGGAUGGUGUGGUGUUUGACUGCGGCUGUGAUAUCCGCUGGAUCCAGCUGUGGCAGCAGAGGGGAGAAGCCGGGCUCCACACACAACAGCUGUACUGCAAGAACGGAGCCUCUAAGAUACGACUGCACAACAUGUACAUCCACAACUGUGACUUACCAGAGAUCAGUGUGAGCCACAGCAGUGUGCUGGUGAUGGAGGGAGACAAUGUGACAGUGAGCUGCAAUGGAUCCGGAUCACCGCUGCCUGAAGUGGACUGGACCGUCAGUGGCCUGCACUCCAUCAACACACACCUGUCUAAUGUAUACUGGCCCAACAUCCACUCCAUCAACCUGACUCUUUUCAACAUCAGUCGAGAUGACAACAACUUCCAGCUGACCUGCAUUGCAGAGAACGUGGUGGGGAUGACCAACUCCUCCAUCCAGCUCAAUGUACAGUUUCCUCCAGUCAUCCUGAGACUAGCUGAGCCCGAGCAACGCCACGAUACCUGCAUCGAGUUCACAGUCCGUGGAUAUCCUCAUCCCAAGCUCCGCUGGUAUCACAAGCAAAAAGAGAUUCUCCAGAAUGAGUACAUCCGAACUGAGAUGGACUUCUACCAGGACUAUCUGGAGGGCUGCCUGACCUUCCAGAAUCCAACACACAUCAACAAUGGCAAUUACACUCUGGAGGCCAGUAACCCUCUAGGAACAGUCACCAAGACAGUGUAUGGUCACUUCCUCAUGGCCCCGGGUAUUGAUGAUGAUGACAUAGUCGAACUAGUUCCUUCGACGCCUUCAGACGGUGAUGCAGGCAGACCAGAUGAGGACACAUUUGGGGUUUCCAUUGCUGUGGGUUUGGCAGGCUUCGCUUGCGUCCUCCUCCUUGUCCUUUUUGUUCUCAUCAACAAAUACGGCCGCCGCUCCAAAUUCGGUAUGAAAGGUCCAGUAGCUGUGAUCAGUGGCGAGGAAGACUCUGCCAGCCCUCUUCAUCAUGUCAACCAUGGGAUCAUUACUCCCUGUACUCUGGAUGCGGGUCCUGAUGCAGUUGUCAUAGGAAUGACUCGUAUUCCCGUGGUGGAGAAUCCUCAGUACUUCCGACAUGGACACAACUGCAACAAACCAGCCACCCUUGUCCAGCACAUUAAGCGGAGAGACAUCAUCCUGAAAAGGGAGUUGGGUGAAGGAGCUUUCGGUAAAGUCUUCUUGGCAGAGUGUUACAACCUCAGCCCUACCAAGGACAAGAUGCUGGUGGCUGUCAAGACACUUAAAGAUCCAAACUUGUCGGCAAGAAAGGACUUUCAGAGGGAGGCAGAGCUGCUGACCAAUCUGCAGCACGAUCACAUCGUUAAAUUCUACGGCGUGUGUGUAGAUGGAGAUCCACUCAUCAUGGUGUUCGAAUACAUGAAGCAUGGAGACCUCAACAAAUUCCUCAGAGCUCACGGUCCAGACGCCAUGAUCCUGGUGGAUGGCCAGCCGCUGCAGUCCAACGGAGAGCUGGGCCUUUCCCAGAUGCUGCACAUCGCCACCCAGAUCGCCUCAGGCAUGGUCUACCUGGCCUCCCAGCACUUUGUCCACAGAGAUCUAGCCACCCGCAAUUGCCUGGUGGGCAAUGGCCUGCUGGUCAAGAUUGGAGACUUCGGCAUGUCCAGGGACAUCUACAGCAGUGAUUACUACAGGGUUGGAGGACAUACCAUGCUCCCUAUUCGCUGGAUGCCCCCAGAGAGCAUCAUGUACAGGAAAUUCUCCACAGAAAGUGACGUCUGGAGCUUCGGAGUCAUCCUGUGGGAGAUCUUUACCUAUGGGAAGCAGCCUUGGUUUCAGCUGGGUAACAACGAGGUUAUUGAGUGCAUAACCCAGGGUCGUGUUCUGGAGAGGCCACGGAUCUGUCCCAAGGAGGUGUAUGACAUCAUGCUGGGCUGCUGGCAGAGGGAACCGCAGCAGCGACUGAACAUUAAGGACAUUCAGAAGGUCCUGUUCGCCAUGGGAAAAGCCACGCCGGUCUACCUGGACAUCCUGGGCUAGCAGUGGCCCAGGGUGGCCCGUUCCUUGCCAGACGGUCAGAUCAACAGAGACAUACAGACAGACGGACCCACACGAACCCAGGAAUAACCAAACCAACCUGCUCCACUGUCGAAAAACACCUACAAUGUUUGGGAAGGACUUAAGUGCCUGCAACACUUUUGGAUAUAGCGGAUAAAACAUAUUCAAAAAACACGCACUUUUACAUUUUGUUUACUUGCGUAUAAGAUGUACAGGUUUGAAGAAAACUUUUUUUUCCUUGAAAAACUGCAAAAAUACACAAAAAAGAAGACGAAAAGACAAGUAAAGUGGACUGGCAAUAGGAAAAUGGCCACAGUUUGAUUAUAUUAUGAAGAGAACACAUCAAAGUUAAUAUCUAUCCUGGGUUUGGUUUUAUGAAUAUAUAUAGAAAUAUUACAUAUAUUUUAUAUUUAUUUCUUUUUGACACGGUUUUGAAGGGUCUGCCAUGUGUGUUGUUAAGGGCUCGGCCCUGUCUGAAGACGCCACCAACAAACUAUUGGCAGGGACUUGACGAUGGUAGCCUUACUUGCACUCUGAUUGGCUGGCACUGAGCUUUUGAUGGGAACUCUGCUUCGUUGAAAUAACACUGGAUGGUUGAAAAGGAGGAGCGCUCUGCAGAGGACCUACCCAAUCAGACAACCGACAAAUCUAUUUUAAUUUAAAAACAAUGUACAUAUUGUAAAAUUCUAUGUGUCAGAAUUAUGUUAACUUAUUUUUUCUGGUGUUACUUUGGUUCCUUUUCUGACUGUGAUCUGGGUGGCUAAAGUAUAAAGCUAUGGUAUUUGUUUUCAUCUUAAUCUAGGGGAGAUUUCUCUUGGGAAUUACCUGUGUCAGUGCUGGUAACUUGUAUUACGUGAUAAAGGUGAAUGGCAGUGAAUACAGUUUGGAAAGUCCACUGACACUGAAUCACAGAGACUCUGGAGAAAGAGCGACGACUCAGAGCCAUCAAUACGACACUUUUCCUGAGAGGUGAUGAAACCUCACCUUCACUUUCCAGUUCAUUUGCUUUUUAUGGCAGUAAUAAUGUGUUGCUAAGUAAUAUCUUCCACCACACUUCCAAACACAUACACACGCUUUGAGAAAUUGUUCUGUCAUUUUCAGGCUUUUUGGUGUGAAACUGCUUUUCCACUCUUGAGAAAACAUUUGUGUAACUGAAAUCAUAAAUCAUUAGCUUCAGAUGUGUGUCUUGCACACUCUCAGCCCAAGAAAAUCUUAAACUCAUACAGAUCGCUGAGACAUUUUGGGCAGUAUGCUUAUUUGUUUUAUAGCUGAGAGGCAGGUGAUCAACACUGCACUCAUAUUUGUCGGUUAAAUGUGAAGCCACAGCCAGGAGAUGGUUGGCUUAGCUUAGCAUGAAGACUGAAAACAGGAUAACAGGAUAACAAGAUAACAAAAUUCACCUACAAAACCCUAUGUUGCCAGUCUUUAUGCCAAGCUAAGCUAACCAGCUGAAUGACACAGGACAGAUCUAAGAUUAUUAUAAAUCAGAAGCCAUAAAUGGACCAUGGAAAUAAGUAGUUUCAGGUUUAUUGUACAAUCUCAGAUACAAGAGGGGUAUCAAUCUUCUCAUAUAACUCAGCAUGUGGGAUUUAGUGGCAUCUAGAUGGAGGUUUGAGAUUACAACAAACUGAGCAACCUUUCGCUCAUUCACCCCGGUUAAGUGUGUUGGAGAAUGUAAAUGCAGAAGGCCAGUUAGUGAGUCAGUGUUAAUUUUGUCCAUUCUGGGCUACUGUGGAAACAUGGCAGUGAAAUAUGGAGGGCUCCUUGGACCAGGGCCCACUUCCUUUGAGGGUAUGAAGGACUUUUUCUGGGGUAACCAAAACACAAUGACUUUAUGUUGAGGUGAUUAUACACUAAUGACAGCAUUAUUUGAGUAAUCUAUUCCAUUUCUGUCAAUAGAUCCACCUAAAUCCUGCACACUGGACCUUCAAAACAUUUUGGGGUAAUACUACAAAGAUCCUGUUACAGGCCCAGAAAAGACACAUCAGGAUGGCUUCUUCCAUUGCAUUUCCUUUGGAACAACAAAACAAAAAUGAAUUUUAUCAUGAUUUUCAUCAACUGUACAUGACUCAUAGUCACUCUUUUCGUCCUUGCACUUGUGGCCUUUGCAUGUUUAGCAAUGAUAACACCCGUCUAUUGCUUUGUUUAAAAAAAAAAAAUGCUUACCAGAGAGGAGCCACUGAAGCAGACAGAUACUUGUAUUAAUUUAUGGACGAUACAUCAAAAA